AUGGACUCCCAGUCGUACCACAGCGAAGACGAGAGGGAACGUCGCGUCUGCUUUCUCAACGUCAGCUCGAAAGGAGGAACCGAACUGACAUCGACGGCGAGAGCGGGAGCUUCCUGCGAAGCUUCCGGCGUUUGCAACUGCUGGGAGACCGGUUCGUCGACUGCCGGCUCGUCCCUAGUCGUUUCGUCCAUGGCCCCGCUCAAUGCACGGGCUGCCAGGUCUCCGGGUCUCGCGGAGUUCUUCGCUGAGGAGCCCGCCGUGCCUCCCAAUCCUUUCUUGGGCCGGCGCAGCUUCCCAAGGUUCGCGGCGUACGCGGACGCGGUUCCGCUCGUGGCGUCGGUGAGGGCGGGCACCGAGGGGCGCGCCGACGAAGAAGCGGGCGGGCUGCUCUCCUGGCUGCGAAACUUCCUCAUCGGCGUCCUGGUCGCCGCGCUGCUCGUCGUGGCCGCCACGGCGGGCGGCAUCAUCGACUGGACUGGUGGCGCGGCGGUCGAGGUGCGCGACGCCAGGUCGCCCACCACGUCCUCCGAAGAGAUGCAGCUGGUCGAUGCGCACUUCAGCGCGGCUGCGCCACAGGUCCCGGUUGGUCCCGCGGCCGCCGACGGUUUCGACGAGAACGGAGCGGGAAGCCAGAUUCAUGGGACUUCCACAGUGGCUGGCACUCGGUCAGCGCCGUCCGCUGCGAGAAUUCCAACCGUUACGGCAGCGUUACCGGGCCUGAGGGAAAAAAAUGAAGCUGAUGUUGAGUCAACCGAGGGCCACCUUCCAAUGCGCAUGUUGUGGCAGCGCGAGUGCGGCCACUACUUCUACACGUACUGCGACAGCAUCCGCCAGGAGUGGUACCACAAGCCCUCGGCGCACGGCUGCGUGGCCACCGCGAGCGACAGCGUGCACGUGUGCAACCGAGGCGCCAACCGGUUCACCAACCUCGAGUCCUGCUUCGCCAGCUGCGUGCACGGUGACCGCAAGCCGGACCGCUGCUUCGAGAGGUCCCUCUUCACCGGGUGUGACAGGGAAGACGUGGUGGAGACCUGGUGGUUCUUCGACGGCAUCCGCUGCCUCCGCUGGAACUUCCCGCUGGGCAAUUGCCCAUCGGAGCAGAGCCGCGUGUUCCACUCGGUCGAGCAGUGCAAGCUUGAGUGCAUGCCCGGCUGGAAAGUGAAGUACGACAACACCAGCGCGGCCGUGCGGCGUCGUCGCUGCGAGGCCCCCAUCGCAGCCACAUGCAGCCCGAGGCAGCUGAGGUACCCUUACUUCGCGGACAUGCACGCCGAAGGCAGUGCACGCUGCGUCAGGGCUUCGGCGAGUAAUCUGCUGACCCGCCGGUGUCUUGUAGGCUCGAACCGGUUCUCGUCGCUGGCUAUCUGUAACCGGUUCUGCACUACUCGGCGACCGGCCACAUGAACGGCCACGAGCCUUCGAUUUUUUUUUUUUAAUUUUGAACGCCCUUUCAUUAAAUCGUGUUCAGCCGUCAUAGCGCAUACACAUAUGAAAACAAACGCGUGGACUGUAUUUUUUCAGUGGAAUCCUGACGGAAAAAGAUUCUAAAACGCAAAAUUAUCCGCUCUGGGUUACGAAAUCAUCUUUCUAAAACGCGAAAAGAUAAUACUAUAACUUUAUAUAGAGGCGGCCUAAUAAGUCAGAAAAGACGACGAAAGCUGAGUCGGUAAGCGACGCUGCCUGCCAGUAAUCGCCUGCUUAUCUGACUGGUCCGCUUCUCCUUGCUUAUCUUGUUGUUAUUCAAUGACGGUCGCAGUGGCCUGCAAGGGAGCGUAAACGUUACGGAUAUUCGGCGAAAAGUUGGCAGAGUGAUUCCUGCCGAAAAGAUUCGACUGUGCUGUAUUGCUACGUGAAAUAUUUAUUAUAUGCAACAAAUA